AUGCCGCUCCACCUCCUUGGCAAGAAAUCAUGGAACGUAUACAACCCGGCCAAUAUCGAGCGCGUGCGGCGCGACCAAGCCGAGGCCAGACGCCGCGAAGAGGAAAACGAGAGAAGAGAGCUGAAAGAUGCGGCGGAUGCACGACUACAGCUCCUGAAGCAUGAGCCUAAAGAGACGAGCAGGAUCUCAUCCGAGCAAGAUGGGACUCUGGACAGCGCAGUUUCUGGGCGCGGGUCAUACAAUGUCCGCAUGCAGAAGCGCAAAUUGCCCGGUGAAGACGAUACAGAUCGAGAUAUCAGGAUCGCUCGCGAGACCACCUCAACGUCCUAUCUCGACGCAUCUACAUCCACCUACAAACGACGACGAUCAGACAAAGAAGACUCUCUCGUCGAUGCCAACGGGAAUAUCUCUCUGAUACCGGUGCCCAAUCAAUCCGAGGCAUCGAAUAUAUCCCACAAAUCUCGGCUCGAAGAGGAUCCAUACACCGUAUACCUCUCCCACGCUACCGGGAAGGGAAAGGACUCGGGCGACACACCGUGGUACAGCGCUGUUCCAGUUGCCCGGCCCGGUGGUGGUAUAUCAUCCCGAGCUACGGAGCCAUGGGGCGACGACUCGCCACAGCGGCGUGCGCGUGAAGCAGCACGUGUCUCGGCCAUCGAUCCUCUUGCGGUGAUGAAGAAGGGUGUAAAGCAGCUACGAGAGGCCGAGAAACAUAGAAAGGAAUGGAUGACCCAGCGAGAACGAGAUCUGAAAGAAGUCGAGGAUCUUGCGAGAGAAGAGAAGGAGGAAGAGGAGAGGGAAAGGGAGAGGGCGGAUAGAGAUGUCGAUGAACAUAGACAGCGAAGGAAAGAGAGAAAACGUAAUGCUUCCAGGAAUUCAACUUGGAUGAAGGGUAUUCCAAUGGGACUCGAGAACAUGAUCACUCUCAUCGCCACCGCCGUCACCGGCACCAUCAUCGGCAUGGGCGGCGACACCGUCAUCAUAAUCGUGAUGGUGAUCCAGACGCUGACAGACAAGACAGAAAAUGUGGCCAUAACCAUGACCAUGACCAUGAUCACAGAGACAGAAGACCGACCAGCAGGGAGGACCAGUCCAACCACCGCAGCCAUAAGCAUGUCCAUCACCAUCAUCAGCGUCAGCGUCAGCGUUCCCAUCGACGACGGCGCUCACGUUCCCGAUCAAAGUCACAUUCAACCUCCCCAUUGCGCUGAGCACUUCGCGGUCGAAUCUGGGUCUCUCGGUACGAAUCAAAUCAAUUCGGUCACCGAUCACUCUAUAUUAUUCUAA